GAGUUAUUCAUAUGAAGGAAGCUAGGAUAGCUAGCUUGGAAAAAAAAACCUAAACCUAGUUACAUAAACCAUCUUCCUUUGGCAUUAUUCGGUUAUCUAGUAGUACCUCCUACUGGGCAUUUAGGCUUUGCUUCUGGGGGCUUUUCUUUUUAAAACAAAAGAGAGCUCUUGAUUUUCUGCUGCCUCCUCCAGCAUAUGUGUUUACACCAUCCGCUCUGCCUCCAGAGAUUAGCAUAACUCCCUUUGCUGCCGGGCUGUUGUUCUCAGCAAUAUGCUCUGGACAGGUUGGCUGUCAUCAUGAAUGUGAAAGAAUUUCUAGCCAAAGCCAAAGAAGACUUUCUGAGGAAAUGGGAGAACCCUCCCCCGAGUAAUGCUGGCCUCGAGGAUUUUGAAAGGAAAAAAACCCUUGGAACAGGUUCCUUUGGAAGAGUCAUGCUGGUGAAGCACAAAGCCACAGAGCAAUACUACGCCAUGAAGAUCCUAGACAAGCAGAAGGUCGUUAAGCUGAAGCAAAUAGAGCACACUCUGAAUGAAAAGCGGAUCCUGCAGGCGGUAGAGUUCCCGUUUCUUGUUCGGCUGGAGUACUCUUUUAAGGAUAAUUCUAAUUUAUACAUGGUUAUGGAAUAUGUUCCUGGGGGUGAAAUGUUUUCACAUCUAAGAAGAAUUGGAAGGUUCAGUGAACCCCAUGCUCGUUUCUAUGCAGCUCAGAUCGUGCUAACAUUUGAGUACCUCCAUUCCCUCGACCUCAUCUACAGAGAUCUCAAGCCUGAAAACCUCCUAAUCGACCACCAGGGCUACAUCCAGGUCACAGACUUCGGGUUUGCCAAAAGAGUCAAGGGCAGGACUUGGACACUGUGCGGCACGCCAGAGUACCUGGCGCCGGAGAUCAUCCUCAGCAAGGGCUACAAUAAGGCGGUGGACUGGUGGGCAUUGGGCGUGCUGAUCUACGAGAUGGCCGCUGGCUACCCCCCAUUCUUUGCUGACCAGCCAAUUCAGAUUUAUGAGAAGAUUGUUUCCGGGAAGGUCCGAUUCCCAUCCCACUUUAGCUCCGAUCUCAAGGACCUUCUGCGAAACUUGCUCCAGGUGGAUCUGACCAAGCGAUUCGGAAACCUGAAGAAUGGUGUGAGUGACAUAAAGACCCACAAGUGGUUUGCCACGACUGACUGGAUUGCUAUUUACCAGAGAAAGGUUGAGGCGCCAUUCAUACCAAAGUUCAGAGGCUCUGGAGAUACCAGCAACUUCGAUGACUACGAAGAAGAAGAAAUCCGUGUCUCUAUAACAGAAAAAUGUGCAAAAGAAUUUUGUGAAUUUUAGGGAGGAAAAACCUUGCCUCAAGCUCACACUCAGUCUUUGCACGCUGUGGAGGUGGAAGGUGGAGCCGAGACCUGCUUGUUGAAGUGGUUUCCAGGUCCCUUCAUUCCAGCAGCUGAGUGAGGUCUUUAUUGCGUCAUCAGUGUGUACUCUGCAACCACCUGUGUACCGAGGCACCGCUCCACAAGCAUCUUCUGUGCCGUGACACAGUGUACACCACUUUCCUACUGUUUUGGUUGUUUUUCUCCACCCUUCUACAUCCUUCUCAUUAACUUCUCUGACCAGUGCUCCAUUUUCCUUUCUUGGUGUUUCAGAUGGGCAGUGUUACGGCUGUGUGAUACUUAAAAGGAAAGCUACAUGUUGCUUUUUGUAGUUUUGAGCGAUAUUAUUGCUGACCAGUGGCUUGAAGAUAAACUCUCCAAUGAUUUUUUUUUUUUUUUUUUAAUAGCUCGGACUCAGUUUUGCCAAAACUCUUAAUAAUUUUUGAAGAUGGAAUGUUUUGUCACCAAGGGAAUUUGCAUAAGUGACAAUUCUAACUCUUCAGGGGUCACUGAUAUCGCGGCUAGACUGGCCGUGUGGAUUCCAGGCCCAGAGGCUUCUUUUCCUUUGCCUUUCAAUAUUCUCUCUGUGAGACAUUAAGUGACCAGACAGAUGCCUCAUUUGUCAAGAAAAGUGAGGGAUGUGGCUCCACGCCCCAGCUAUCUCCCUUGGUACCAACAUGUCUGUGGGUUAGAAGAGAGUUCUAAGGUUUCUAAGCCUUCGCUCUUCCAUGCCGGGCUUCAGCCAGUAUUUUAGAAAAGCAUGACUGAUAAGGUGACACAUUGUGAAAUUUCUCAGAUAGUCCUCAUCGUCAGUUUCUUAAGGGAAACGAGCAAAUGAAAGGAAACAUGGAUUUGGAUAAAUACUAAGUCAACGAGAGCCUUGGUCCCUGCUUACAGCUUAGAGACACUCUCCAGGAAGUGCAGUUUUCUGUUUGCUUUGGUUCGUAACGGAAGAACAAAGCAGUUGCUGCUGCUCCCUCUUCUAAAGUGAGAGCAGGAGGGCACUGUUGCAGCUUCCACUCUCCGCCCUGCCCCGGCAGUGCAGGAAGGAGGCUAAGAAACUGCCAUGUUCAGAGUUUAAUUUAAUUUGAGGUGUGAUAUCUUUAAAUAUGUCAGAAUUUCUAACCUCUUUUUUUCUUCAUAGAGUAUAUGAUCAUGCAGAUACAAUUUUAAUAUUUGUGUUUCCUUAAUUUUUUCUACUUUUUGCCAAUUGACUUAACAAUGUUGCCAUCAUGAGGGAAUUUCAAGCACUCUUGCACAUUUAGUUCAGUGUUUCUUUGUGAAUAAAUGGCUUAGCUUUUUCUUUUUACUAUUUUUUUUCAUUAUUUUUAAUUUGUCCAUCUCAUUUUAUCUCUGUAUCAGUGACCUACCUUAAAUAAUCAACUCACCCAAAUAGUUUAAACUAUUUCAUUUCAUGAUCAAUCUAUAAGCAUAUAAGGUUGUUUUAAGUCAAACAAACCCUAGUGUAUAUAGAACCUUUCUAUCUGCCUCCUUCCUGGUGCAGGUAGGUCAUUGACACCACUCCUGUUCAUGCACACACACUCUCACUAAACCCUUGAAGACAUUGAAGAGUCCUAUCUGAGACCUUAUCUCCACCUAUCUGCAUGUCUUUUGGUUGUCAAGUGUUUCUGCAUGGUAAUGUCCCACAAUAGCAAACAACUAUUUCAGUUGCUCCACCUGUAUUUAAAAUGUGCAAGAAAAAUUGAAAUACUCUGCUGUAGCAAGUUUUAUGUAACAAAGAUAUAUCAUCGUGUUAAUAAAUUAAAAGCAUCAUUUGUAUAAAAUACUUUAUUUAGGUUUUUUUUGUAUUUCAUUUAGACCCAAGAACAUGCUAAUCAUUGUGUUCUAUGUAUGCUACAAAUUCUCUGGUAGCAUUGUUGUAUAUUAUUGUAAAAUUAUUUCAAUAAAUCAUGGGGGUGACAAUUUGAUUAUUAUAAUUUAGUUUUCAAAAAUUGAACAGAUUUCUAUGAAUCCUAACGUAUUUUUUUCUAUGAAAUUAUUAGUACCCAGCUGGACUCUACCCGGGUAGAUGACCCCCAGGCGUGCAUCGGCGUCUGGGGGCGUCUGAGCCCUUCCAUUUUACUGUCUCUGUUUUAAGUACAUGAGCAAACUGUCAGGUGUGUCAGAGGGGUCUAUUUCUGGCUAAUCAAGUACACUAAAUUGGAAUAUUUUUAACAUACCUAAAAUUCCCAUUUUUAGCCACAGUGUAGCUAAAAAGAUUUUCUUUGAAAACUUGAAAUACUAAGUCAGUGGCAAAAGCAGUAUUUUACUCCAAUUAUAUUUCAUAAAACAGAAGAAAUGGUGUUUUUGCCCAGUAAAUGAAGAGAUGGCAUUGUGAAGGAAGGGGCCCUAGACUGACAGUGAAGCGUACCAGAGGUAUCCCUGUGGACAGAGGGCUAGGACAGGUUCUUUCUGGGAUCCCUCUGCUUUCCUGUUAGGUCAAGGUUCCCUCCUUAUCAAAUAUUCUCGAGGGCAUCAUACUUUGAGGUAAGUUACUGUAUAGUGACACAUCUCUGUGCAUCCUUACCUCUGACAAUGUUCUAAAAAUUCUUUGACUAUCAUAAAGCCCUUGUCUCCCAUUCCUUACUCCCUCACUGAUGCUAAAUAUGCACUUGAUAUCAAACUGUCAGCCUACCAAAAAAGAUAUUGUGGCUUAUGGGUAUUGCUGUCUUGUUCUUGGUAUGUUCCUGUACUGAUUGCCCUUUGGUCUAAAAAAAAAAAAAACAAAAACAAAAAACAACAAUGCUCAUUAUAAGCCUAAAAAAAUGGAUGAUUAUCCUUUUCCACUGACUGUUUUUCUUUCCUUUGCUUGUUGUAAGAAUCAAAUGGAAUAAUGUAUGUAAAAGCACCUUGUAAACUGUAAGCUUUUGAUGUAAGAUGUAAGGUGUGUUGUUAUUUCAUAAACUACUUCUUUGUUUAGAGUGGAAUUUCCUAUGCACUACUAUAGCUAGGAAAUGCUGAAAAUGUGUUUUUUAAUUCAUCAGUAACCACAAAAUUAAAGUAUCUUCAAAGGAUAA